AUGGCUGGGGAUGGAUUCGUGGACGAACAUCAAUACUUCGAACACCCUCGUUACCACAUCUUUCGUCAACGACAAGAAACUGCCUCUCCAAUUGAGUCCUCGGCCGAUGUCGAAGGACAGACAAAUGACGGAGAGCAACAAUUCAUCCUGGAUAAAGGGGCUCCAAAGAGGAGUCUUUCAGUACCAAUGCUCAUGGGGUUGAUGUACGCGUAUACUACUUCUGGGGCUUACGCUAUUGAAGAAACUGUCCUCGGGGGAGGGCCACUGCUUGGUAUCAUUUCUAUUGUUCUGGUUCCCCUACUCAUGGCAGCGCCAACGACUAUCGUCGUUGCGGAAUUGGCAACAGCCAUACCGUCGAACGCUGCCUUCUUAAUGUGGUACAACGUUUCAUUCCAUCGUGUUGUUUACUUCGCGAUGGUAUUACUGACUUUCCUGCUCAUUUUCAUCGACAAUGCACUUUAUACCGUGCUCAUAUCUGAGUACGUGUGCACUGCAGUCCCUUGUUCUGACACGAUCAGUAAACUGCUUCGGUUGGGCAUGGUGCUGGUGACGUACACGUUGAACAUGGUGGGAGUUCAGGCUGUUGGAAAAUUGAGUAUCGCACUCUCUAUUGUGACGGUCGCACCGUUUUUGACGUUAUUUUCGAUGCAUAUGAUCAAGAGCAAUUUUUACCUCAACUGGCCGGCGAUAAGCUACAUUCCCCCAUCUAUUGAUUGGGCGACAUUCAUAACAACUACCUCGUGGAACCUUUGUGGGUUGGAGCAAGCCGCCACGGUUAUUGAACAGACCAAGGCACCUCGACGAACCUUCAUCCGCGCGCUUGCGCCUCUUCUGGGACUUGCCUACCUUACGUACAUUCCCCCAAUACUCACUGGAGCAAGCAUACGAGAAGGCCUACCUGAUUUGUCACAGUGGGUAACAGGUUUCUGGUCGGACGUCGCCUUCAGUGUGGGAGGUGUGCCACUAAGGGUAUUUAUGGUUGUUGCUAGCGCGCUGUCUGCACAUGCCUUACUGCUCUCUUCUUUCUGCACAACAACACAAAUCAUCGCAGGUGUUGCCUACACGGAAGCAUUUCCCGGGCCGAUUAAUCGGGUCUUGUAUAAACGGAACAAGCGUUUCGGCACUUAUCAUUGGACCCUAACCCUAAAUGCAGUAUUAAGCGCAUUGUUCGGCGUCUUCCUCGAAUUUGGACCGCUCGUGAAGGUUGAUCAAGUGCUCUACGGGUUGAGGGUGCUUAUGAUCUUUAUUGCCUUCCUGGUCAUACGCCACCGCCAUCCGCAUCUCAAGCGGCCGUUCAGAGCUCCUUUUGAGGGGAAGCUACUGUACUUGCUUAUUAUUCCAAUGAUACUUUUCGCUGGACUCAUCGUCCUGGGUAUGGUGGAAAGUACGCAGUCGGUUAUCGUAAACCUCUCAGUACUUGGGGUUGUAAUGGUCAUUUCGCUUGUCUAUUGCCAACUGGUGCGGAAAGAGGACUUUUACGGGAGAAUAGUAACAGGCACUCUGAGCGAGGAUGAAAAACAGUAG